AUGCGUCGUUCAUUAUUUUCUUUUCAGUUACAAAUUCUUCGACCAAGAGGAUUUUCAAUAAUGUCUCACUCUUCGUCCGCAAUCCUUGGUACCUUUAAAGUACCUGAAAUAUAUAAUGAACCCAUGAGAAGUUACCCUCCAGGUAGUGAAGAUCGUGCUAAUCUUAAAGCUGCACUAAACGAAUUUAAAAACACUGCCCCGAUCGAAAUUCCUGUUUACGUGAAUGGUGAAGAGAUUCGUACUGGUCGAAUCGUUGAACAAAGAAUUCCUUCUGAACAUGAAAAAAUAUUAGCGAAAUAUCAUGAGGCUGAUUCAUCAAUUGUUGAAAAAGCUAUUAAAGCAGAAAUUGAUGCUGCUGCUGAAUUGAUAGAUUUCUGGAGAUUCAAUUGUAAAUAUGCACACGAAAUCUAUCAACAGCAACCACCAAAAAACGCACCUGGAGUUUGGAAUCGUGUAGAGUAUCGUCCAUUGGAAGGUUUCGUAUAUGCUAUCUCUCCAUUCAACUUUACUGCAAUUGGUGGUAAUCUUCCAAGUGCUCCCGCUUUAAUGGGUAAUGUUAUUCUUUGGAAACCUUCUCCAAAUGCCGCUCUUUCGAAUUGGAUUAUUAUGGAAAUUUUGAGAGAAGCAGGUCUUCCUGAUGGUGUUAUCCAAUUCAUUCCUGGUCCUGCUCAAGAAAUCACUGAUCAAAUAUUGAAAUCUCCUGAUUUUGCCUCUUUACAUUUCACUGGUUCUACUUUUGUAUUUAAAAAAUUAUGGAAAGAGAUUGGUAAUAAUAUCGAGAUUUAUAAAUCAUAUCCAAGAAUAGUUGGUGAAACUGGUGGUAAAAAUUUCCAUGUUAUUCAUGAGUCGGCCAAUUUAAAGAAUGCUGUAAACCAAACCAUUCGUGGUGCUUUUGAAUAUCAAGGUCAAAAAUGUUCUGCUUGCUCUCGUGCUUACGUUCCAGAUUCAUUAUGGAAUGAUUUCCGUGAAAAUUUGCUCGGUGAAAUUUCAAAGGUCAAAGUAGGUCCUAUGGAUGAAUUUAGCAAUUUUGUUGGUCCAGUCAUACAUGCUGCGUCUUUUGAGAAAAUCAAAGGUUACAUUGAAUGGGCAAAAAAUGAUGCGGAUAGUGAAAUUAUUGCUGGUGGAACUUAUGAUAACUCAAAGGGUUAUUUUGUGGAUCCUACCGUAAUUGUUACAAAAAAUCCAAAAAGCAAAACCAUUUGUGAAGAAAUCUUUGGUUUUGCCCAAGAUCGUGCUGCUAUUAUACUCGGUGAAAGCAAGUUGAGGCAUGCAUCUGGUAACUUUUACAUUAAUGACAAAUCCACUGGUGCUAUCGUCGGUCAACAACCAUUUGGUGGUUCACGUGCAUCUGGUACUAAUGAUAAAGCCGGAAGUCCUGCUUUGUUAUAUCGAUUUACUUCAAUGCGCACUAUUAAAGAAAACUUUGUCGAUAUUAACGAUUUUAGUUAUCCAUCGAAUUUAAUAUAA